CCGAGAAGAAAAAGGAUGGCACUUUCAGAAUGAUGAGUAAAUCUAUGUCAUUUAAUAAUGUCAGCUCUGGCCAUUCAAAUGCUGCUGAUUUAAAUUUCAAAAUGCUCUCUUCAAAAUCUUCUCAUGUUGAGGAUUUCAAGAGAUUAAGACAUGCAAAAGAAUGUAAUUCGAUUGAGAGGAAGCAUACAGGAAAAUUAGAUAAUACACUAGGUAGUUCAACGAUGGCUAGUUCCUGUCCAUUAAAAAAUGAUGGAAAAAUUGAAUCUCAUGCUGAAACACUAUUACGACAUCCUUCUGGAACUUAUCAUGAUCUGAAGGCUGUUCAACGUCAUGGAAAUUCACAGAAUUCAUCCAAACCAGCUAGGCAUCGGGUUCAUAAAAGCUCCAAAAAUCCCAAUCAUCUAGGUAGGGGUUCCUUUCUUUUCCUGAUAAACUAUCAUUUUUACUCUCUUUCUGUUCCUUUUCUUUUCUUUUUCUUUUUUAAAGUUUAUUGGUUGUCUGUUCCACACUGAGUAAUUUUCUUUUGGUUAAUAGAUAAAUCUGGUGUGGUAAAGCGGAUGCGUACGAGUGGGGAUCCAUCUUCUCAUGCAAUAUCUGACUCUUGUCAGGAAAUGAAGCCAAGUCUAGUUGUCCUUACGGAUGAUCUUGCAUCUAGUUCUUUAUUGAGUUUUGGUUGUCGUUGUGGUAAUUCUGAUUCAAUUGCAAAAGAUAUAUCACCUCAGUCACGGGAAUCUUCCAGUGGGGGUGAGAAAGUCAAGGAGACCUCUGAUUUCAGCAAGCCUGGGCAGCAUGUUUCAGCUGGAAGUGGAAGUGUAUGCUGUCAUAAAUGUAAGAAUAUGGGCCACGCUGCAGAAUCUUGCCCAAUGAUUAGUACUCGGGCUCCUAUUCUUGAUGUAGGAACUUCAAAGGAAGUGGACCGAAGUAGUAGGACGGAUCUUAGGCCCAUGUUUUGCAAUCAACCUGAUGAAUUUAGGAUUUUUUCUGUUCCAAAGCUUGAUUAUAUUUGGAAAGGCGUAUUUGAAAUUCAGAGUAGUGGAAGACUUCCCAGUUUCUGUUAUGGGAUUCAGGCUCACUUAUCUACUUGCUCAUCGCCUAAAGUUCCUGAAGAAGUAAAGAAAUUCCCUCACAAAAUCCUUUUGGAGGAAGUACCUCGUUUGAGUACAUGGCCAAAUCAGUUUCUCGGGAAUCAUCCCGAAGAAGACCUGGAAAGCUAUGGAAGAAAUUAUAAGAGCAUGUUGGAGUGCAUGAUCAAUUAUGAUUUAGCUCUUAUAGGGAAAUUUGAUGGAAUUGAACUUUUAAUAUUUUCAUCCAAUAAAGAACAUGAAGUUACUGAGAGAAAGCAAGGAGUUUCAGCAAGUCAAGGUCCAGUGGGUGGCAUGUCAGAGGUCAUGUCCUCAAAAUCGCAAGUUAUGGCAUCAGAUUACAAGGAUCAGCUGGGGUUUGAGUUUUUAGAUCUUCAACUUUCAUUAGGGGCUGGAAAAAAUUUGACAACGCAGCGACUCAGGCCUUCAUUUCUUGGGAUUGUGGAAGAAAAGCAUAACCAAGACAAGGUUCCAAGUUGUGCGGCGAGCAAGAAAAACAAUGAUGGUGGUGAAUUCCCAGUAUCACUCGAUCUUUCCCUUACUUUACCUUCUCAUGAUAAGCGAACAAGUUCCGAGGCCUCAUUCAAACAAGAAGAAGAAAAAAGCAGUUUUUGCUUGAGAGUUUGA